GGUGCCGUCUGUCUCUUCGUGUUAUAUUUGAAGAACACAAAGCUUUGAACAGACAACCGCGGAUAUUUGUUUAGAUGAACGUCCAAGUGUUUCUCGUCUAUUAAGGGAACUAAAUCUUCUUCUUGAUCAGGGAUCAGAAUUUGGAAAUUAAGAUCAGUCAGAAAUGGUGGCUACCAAGGCUAAAGUCUGUCUGGAUGCGGGUCUACCCACUGAGGAUAAUCGCACCCGCAGGAGUGCAAUGGGAGGUUUUAAGGUUUAUACGGAGAAAGAUAAGAUUAAAGCUGAUUCCAGUUGCAAGAAGCCUGUAACAAUGAAAAAGGAGCCUUCAACAGAUUGUGUGAAUCAACCAAAGGGAGGCCUGCAGCGCUCAGAGAAGAAUACAGAGAAAAUUGAAGUUUCUGGGGCCAAAAUCACAAGAAGAAGAGCGUUGGCAGAUGUGAGUAACGUCCGAGCCAACUCUUCUAGGAAAACAAUUCAAGAUGGCUCCAAGCAUAAGAUUUCAACUGGGACUAGAGCUAGCACUGCUGGCGUCAAUGUCUCAUUUAGGAAACCAUUGGGAAAAACGAAGAAUACAGGAGAAGCUGUGGGUGAAUUGCAUGCUUCAGAAAAAGGGCGUGUUAAUGAUUCAAAUGGUUGUUCCGUCUAUGAAAGAAACAAAACAGACGGUCCCUGCUGUGCCAAUACUGUAAAUACCAGGAGAAUUAAAAAGAUCUCUUUUUCGCAAACAAGGAUAUCUUUACCGGUGCUAAGGAGGAUGAACCAAGCAAAUGCUUCGAACCCAAAGGAAGUUACUGAGAAGCCUGAAAAGACCAAUAGAUCUCAAGCAUGUUUGACUAAAUCUGGCAAGAAUGCAGUAGCCCAGGCAAAAAAUAUCAGAAGUCGGCUAUGGAAUAACCGAGUGAGCGAUGGCUUCAUCAUAAUGAAUUUCAGGGGUCAAGCCAAGGUGGACACAAAUACACUGUCCAAAAAGUCUAGUAAGCCCAUUGCAAGGAUCAUGAAGAAGGCUUCUGGUACUCAAGAGGCAUCAAAAGCCAAAUAUGCAUCAGUUGCAAUCAAAUCAAUUUCUAGUACUGCAUCAUCAUCCAAGAUUGUGGAACCCUCAGCAUCUCUUUGUGAGGAUAUAACCAAUAUGUCCAUUCAAGGGAGUGAUGCAUCUGAACCUACUUGUAAUCCAAGUACAAGCACGGAUUUGAUUGUCAGGAAAAAAGUUGGUCGUAGGAGAUCGUAUACAUCCUUGUUGGUCGCUGGAGCAAAGUUGCUGGAUAAAUGUGCUGUAGCUACGGAGAUGGCUAACCUACCGAGUAUUGACAAUGACCACAACCAAAUGGAGGUUGCUGAAUACGUUGAGGAGAUAUAUCGUUAUUAUUGGGUUACAGAGGCACAAAGCUCAUCUCUUUCAAAUUACUUAUCAGUACAAAAAGAAAUUAACCCCCAUAUGCGAGGCGUUUUGAUCAACUGGUUGAUUGAAGUACACUUCAAAUUUGACUUGAUGCCUGAAACAGUAUUUCUCACUGUUACAUUGUUUGAUCGGUAUCUCUCCCAAGUCAUAAUCAAGAAGAAUGAAAUGCAGUUGGUUGGUCUUACUGCAUUGUUAUUGGCAUCGAAAUAUGAAGAUUUUUGGCAUCCUAGGGUUAAAGAUCUAAUUAGCAUUUCAGCUGAGUCCUACUCAAGAGAGCAAGUGCUACAAAUGGAAGCACUUAUUCUUAAGAAGUUGAAGUUUCGCUUGAACAUGCCUACUCCAUAUGUUUUUAUGUUAAGAUUUCUCAAGGCUGCUCAGUCUAAUACUCAGCUUGAACACUUGUCAUUUUACUUGAUUGAGCUGGCCUUGGUUGAAUACGAAGCUCUUAGUUUCAAGCCGUCGUUGCUAUGUGCAUCGGCCCUAUAUGUUGCACGGUGUACGUUGCAAAUAAGUCCAUGCUGGACCGCACUACUAAACAAACAUACACGCUACGAAGCGUCCCAAAUAAGAGAAUGUGCUGAGAAAAUCUUGAAAUUUCACCAAUCUGCUCAUUUGGGACAGCUGAAAGUCACGUAUGAGAAGUACAUGAAACCUGGUUUUAGCCGUAUUGCGACUCUAAAGCCAUUGGACAAGCUUCCUCUUUGAAUUUUCUUCACCUUAUUUUCAUCCUGUAAAUUGAUUCAUAUGAUGUUACUUGGUAAACUUUCCCUCGUCAUUCUAUCCUUUUUUCUUUCAUCUAAACUUUUUCUGACCUCCUUACAGGAAGCAAACUUGUGGGUGUCGAUCUUGUAAUAGAAAGGUCAUGACCAUGGCUUACUAUAGUGUGAUGAAGACUUUGGCUGCGUGGAACCUCUGUUCUCUGACUUAGUGUUUAUUGCAUUUGAAUGGCGUUCACCAUUCGUUUACAGUUGGUUGUCUUGAGACAAAUCACAUUACUUCUUGGUAUUAGGUUGUUUUGCAUUAGAACAAAACCUCCCUCGAGUUCAUUUACUGGAACUAGUGACACCCAACUGUGAUACUUGAGUUUUCAGGACUGUUUUUUUUA